AGGAGAGCAGACAAGAAAACCCUAAAGUGUAUUGUAUAUAAAUAAAAAAUACUUUCCAAAUUUCCUCACUUCUUUCAUUGCCGUCUACAGAAACCCUUUUAGCUUUCCGCUGCCUCGUGCGAGAUCCUCCCAUCAACUUCCGCAAAAAUGAAGGUUGUCGCCGCGUUCUUGCUAGCCGUUCUGAGCGGAAAAGCUUGCCCAACCAGUGCUGAUAUCAAGGGUAUCCUCAAUUCAGUUGGUGCUGAGACAGAGGAUUCUCAGAUUGAGCUCUUGUUAAAGGAAGUCAAUGGGAAAGACGUGGCUGAGCUGAUUGCUGUCGGAAGGGAGAAGUUGGCUUCAGUACCCAGCGGUGGUGGUGGCGUUGCCAUGGCUUCUGCUCCAUCUGCUGGUGGUGGUGGAGGUGCUGCCCCUGCUGCUGAGUCCAAGAAAGAAGAGAAGAAAGAGGAGAAGGAAGAAUCCGAUGAUGACAUGGGUUUCAGCCUGUUCGAGUAAGGCGGUAUGCUUGGCCACUGGUUUUUGCUGUCAUUUUGUAACCUCUUGGAACCUAUAUGUUGUUGUUUUCUAGUUUGUUCUCGGUCAGUAUCUUUUGACAUUCCUGAAAUUCUCAAGAGAUUUUACACAAACAUGA